UAUAUAUUUGUUCAACAAAUAAGUAGGUUUUUUGUAGAAUAAAGUUUAGAAAUUGAUUUUAUUGUUAUAUUGACUUAAAAAUAUUGUUCACUUCUGUUAAAUUUUGGUGUUAUUAAAGUAAUUUUUAAAACUUUAGCUGAGUUUAUAAAAAUCAGUGAUUUUUUUAGUUUUUUUAGUAAGCGUUUUUUAUUGCUUUAAGUUGUUUGUUCACACUGAAUACUUUUGUUUUUCAUUUGACAUUGAGGUGCAUUAAAACAACAACAAUGGCUGGCCCACUACCUUUAUUAACCACGGAAGCAGUUUACAAAAAAUUGCAAGAAUACUAUCAAGCCAAUGGUGAAAAAAUUAACAUUAAGGAUUUAUUCCAACAAGAUGCUGAACGUUUUAAUAAAUUCAGCUUGCGCAUUAGCACCCCCAAGGAUGGUGAUAUUUUGUUAGAUUAUUCCAAAAAUCGCAUUACUCCCGAGGUAUGGAGUCUUCUCUUGGAAUUGGCUAAAGUAAGACGUGUUGCUGAGGCCCGUGAUGCCAUGAUGUCUGGCGCACCCAUCAAUAUCACUGAAAAUCGUGCUGUUCUUCACAUUGCUUUGCGUAAUCGUGGUGAUCAGGAAAUUUUGGUUGAUGGCAAAAAUGUAAUGCCUGAUGUACGCGCUGAAUUGACCCAUAUGAAGGAGUUCACCAAUCAAGUUAUAUCCGGCGUUUGGCGUGGUUUUACCGGUAAACAAAUUACCGAUGUUGUUAAUAUCGGUAUUGGUGGUUCGGAUUUGGGUCCUCUUAUGGUUACAGAAGCUUUGAAACCUUACUGCAAGGGUUUGCAUUCACAUUUCGUUUCCAAUAUUGAUGGUACUCAUAUGGCGGAAGUUUUGAAGAAGGUCAACUAUGAGACCACCUUGUUUAUUAUUGCCUCCAAGACAUUCACCACCCAGGAGACCAUUACCAAUGCCACCUCGGCCAAGAAUUGGUUGUUGGAACAAACUAAAGAUCCCGCUGCCGUUGCCAAACAUUUCGUGGCCUUGUCCACCAACAAAGCCAAGGUUACUGAGUUCGGUAUUGACAGCAAGAAUAUGUUUGGUUUCUGGGAUUGGGUUGGUGGCCGUUACUCUUUGUGGUCUGCCAUUGGUCUUUCUAUUUGUUUGUCGAUUGGUUUUGAGAACUUUGAACAAUUGUUGGAGGGUGCCCACUUUAUGGACAAUCACUUUAAAAAUGCACCUUUCGAGAAAAAUGCUCCUGUCAUUUUAGCCGCUUUGGGCAUUUGGUAUUCCAACUUCUACAAUGCUGAGACCCACGCCCUCUUGCCCUACGACCAAUACUUACAUCGUUUUGCCGCCUACUUCCAACAGGGCGAUAUGGAGAGCAACGGUAAAUUUGUUACUAAAACCGGUUCCAAAGUUGUGGACUACAAUACUGGACCCAUUGUUUGGGGUGAACCUGGUACCAAUGGACAACAUGCUUUCUAUCAGCUCAUCCAUCAGGGUACACGUUUGAUUCCUUGCGAUUUUAUCGCUCCAGCUGAGACACACAAUCCCAUUGCUGGUGGUGUACAUCACAAGAUUUUAUUGGCCAACUUUUUGGCUCAAACUGAAGCCUUAAUGGCUGGCAAAACUGCCGAACAAGCUAAGGCUGAAUUGGUUAAGUCGGGCUUAUCGGGUGAGAAAUUGGAACAGCUAUUGCCACAUAAGGUCUUCACCGGCAAUCGUCCCACCAACUCGAUUGUAGUGAAAAAAGUAACACCCUUCAUUUUGGGAGCUUUGAUAGCCAUGUAUGAACACAAAAUCUUUACCCAGGGUAUUAUUUGGGAUAUCAACUCCUUCGAUCAAUGGGGUGUCGAAUUGGGCAAACAAUUGGCCAAGGCUAUUGAACCAGAAUUGGCUAAUAAGGAUGUCAUUACUAGUCACGAUGCCUCCACCAAUGGUCUUAUCAACUUCAUCAAAUCGAAUUGGUCUUAAACCAUAAAUUCCUAAGCAAAAAAAUCCUAUUUAGUUCUCCUACUGCUACUACUACUAACACUACCUUAAAGCAACACAUUUAAAUGAAGACUCACGCGCACAUUUCCACAUUUCUUAUACUCAGCCAGGGGUUUUUAUCACAAACACCCCCCGCACAACUUUUAAACCCAGCGAAAAGCAACAGAAAUGUAUUUAAAACGGUCAAGUGCAAUUUUUAUAUAGUAAUGGAAAGCUAUUAAGGAUUUGAAUCCUUUUUUUCAACAUUUCCACAAACAACAAACAAAUACAAAAAACAUCACAAACAAAACAACAUUUGCUUUUAACUUUAAAUUAGUUCAUUUAAAAAAACCCUUUUAGUUGUAAACAUUGGUUAGCAAACAAGAAAAAUCUCACUAAUUAAGUAAAUUCCCCAAAAAUUUAUAGAAAUUUAACUUACAAUAAUAAUUGGCUUAAUGUAUUUUGAAACCAAAAAGAAUAUGAAAAUGUUAUGCGAUUGUUAUUAAACACUUUGUUGUAGUAAACAAAAAAAAAACAGAUACUUCAUCAAUUUAUCAAUCAAUGGCAUUAUUAUUUGAAAAAAAAAAAACUAAAUAAACAAAAAUAAAGCAUAA